GGUAAUCUUUCCACUGUCAUGAUAUGACCCUCACAUCCCAUACGACAAGUUCACGAUUACAGCCGAGUUCGGGAGGGUGACUGAAUGGUGAAUGGGUCGGCGCAAACCUUUUGUAGACUUCAACAUCCCGCCAUCUGAAAACAGAGGUGGAAUCCGGGGUGGUGGCUAGAAGUGCAUCCGGCCAACUGAUCACGUAGUGGUAUGUGCAAUUACAGAACCACCUGUGUCGUAUCUCGGAGCUUGGAGCGAAGGAGGUGCGCUUACCUCAUCAUGUAGUGGUAUGUGCGAUACAGGACGACAUCUUGUACAGCCACGUCGCAGGCGACAGGAUGCAUCACGAUCAUGACAUCGUUAUCGGUGAUAGUCUUGCAACUUGAUAGCUCUGAAUUCGCGGCAAUUAUCGAAAGAAAGCCGUACGGGCACGAGCGAAGUGGCGCUUUCGUCGUGUUUGUCUGCCACGGCUUGGGCUCGGUCGUGUUUGUCCCCUGCGGCUUGGUCUUGGUAUUCGUCUUCUGUGCUUUAGGAUGUGUCGAAUUCGAGCACAGUACAACGGGAAUCCCCGCAUCUUUCGCCAACCAUGACGCAAAUUUGCGUGUGCCCGACAGAUCAGGUGUGUGGAAACGGAAGAUUUCAAAGAUGAGCGGGUUGCACUCAUCGGUUCCCCAUACGACAUUGGGGUACGAAUCCGUAUUGGUCUGGAACCACCCCGCAAGAGCGCUCCAUGAACGAUCGAGAUAUUCAAUUGCAGAGCGGGGUUGGAUCAAUCCAAGGUGCUCUAAGUGCUCCCCAGCUGCCUCCCGGUUUGACGCCGCCGGUGGAAGAAAGACUAUCUCGUCGAUGGCGCCAACGUUCGUUGAGAGAAAUCGUCCUAGAUCUCAUCGCACGGUGAGACGCACAGUCGCCCAGUCCUUCGGCUGACAGGUCGCUUCGUAUUUCUAGCCAGAUCGGGAUCUCUAUGUCAUAAUGUCAUGGUCGCAAUACCAGUAGUG